AUGGUUCGCGUUAAUUUCCUCCUUGCCCUGGCUCUGGCCACUGGCUCUCUGGCUGCCUCCAACUGCCAGACCAAGGACAACGCCUGCCGCACUGCUCCCGACGCCAACAUGUCUCUGUGUUCUGCCAAUAAGGCCGCCUGCUGUUCGACUGCCUAUGACGACUGCCGCACUGCUCCCGAUGCCAACAUGGCCCAGUGUGCUGCUGAGAACGCCGCCUGCACUGGCUCUUUGCCGUCGUCCGCCGAAACUUGCCAGACCAAGGACGACGACUGCCGCACUGCUCCCGACGCCAACAUGUCUCUGUGUUCUGCCAAUAAGGCCGCCUGCUGCUCGAAUGCCUACGACGACUGCCGCACUGCCCCCGACGCCAACAUGUCUCAGUGUGCUGCUGAGAAUGCCGCCUGCAAGAACCAGAACUGA